CUUUUCACAUGAUCGAAUUCAACGAAUCGGUAGACGGGGAUGAAAAAGAGCAAGUAUCGGCAGCGAUUUGUCACGAACAAGUGCCGAGGUCGGCUUACUUAAGCGUCUUCCUCUGUUUUGACUUCAAGUGACGAAGCUUGCUCCGGCUGUCGCUACGAGCUCACGACCCUCACCACCAUCUCCACCACUACCGAACCCACCGAGCUCAGCGCAGCGGCCCGACUGCAGACGUGCUCGACAGAGUGUCUUUCCGCGCGUGCGUGUGUCCACCCGUCCGUCUCUCUUCCCGUCCCCCCGCGAAAAGAAGAGGGCGAGCUCCCUCCCAGGGCCUGUGCGUGCUCCGACGAAAGACCAGCCCGCGAUCCGGCCCGCCCGAGGGAGGGGGCGGGGACGCCGAUGAGACACGGCCGCGCGCGCGCGGUGCGCCCAAGGGACCUAAAUCCACGCCUCCGCAGAGACCGCGCCCACGCCGGCGACGACGGGCGACUGCAGAGAUCGCGACGUAGGGUGGGCAAUUGACGUCGCUUGGUGACAUGGCGGCGGACGCGCAGAGGGACCCGUCGGUGGCGUCACAGGGGGCAGAGUCUGAGGACAGCAGCGGCGCUGAGAGCGCGGCGACGACGACGACCCGAGGCACGCCCGACGAAGACAACGAUCACGACCAACAACGACCGCCGCCGGCUCUGCCGCAGCAGCAGCAGCAGCAGCAGCAGCAACAACAACAACAAUCGCAGCAACCACAUCAACCACCACCCCAGCAGCAGCAGCAUGGCGAUGGCGCCGCCGAAGAGGCCAAAAAGGCGCGCGCCUGCGAGGCCUGCCGCGGCCUCAAGGUCCGGUGCGAGCCCGACCCGGGCAAUGAAGAUGGGCCGUGCAAGCGCUGCCGCAAGGCCGGCCGAAGCUGCAUCGUCACGGCCCCGACGCGCAAGCGGCAGAAGAAGACGGACAGCCGGGUGUCGGAGCUCGAGAAGAAGAUUGACGCCCUGACGGCGAGCCUGCAGGCGCGCGCCGCCGGGGGCGCCGUGGCGGCGGCCGUAGGGCCAGGAUCCUUGGGCGCCGUGGGCUCGCAGGCGCAGGCGCAGCCUUCAACGACACCAGCGCCCGAAAGAGACAGAUCCGCCGGCGAUGCGCUCACCACGAUAUGGGGCAACGGAGCCGCUGGCGGGCUGGCGCGGAGCUGGUCCACCGACUCGCAGCCGCAAGCGCAACCGCCGGGGCAACAGCAACAAUCGCGAUAUCACCCACACCGGCCCUCCGUUUUCGACGAGCCCUUGGUCACAGCAGGCCAGAAGCGGAAGGCAUCGUCCCCCUCCGACCAUCGCGAGGGCUCCAGCGAUGACACGGCCAGCGCCAAUGCCGGGAGUGGGAGCGUGAGCGGGAGCGGUACCGGCGCUUGGGCGUCCCUCGCGCCGCGGUCCACAGAAGGCGACAUCGUCGACCGUGGCCUGAUGUCCAUGGAAAAGGCAGCCGAGCUCUUUUCGCGCUACAAGGAGUCGAUGCUUCGCCACAUGCCAGCCGUCGUGUUCCCACCGCGCAUGUCCGUCACGGAGCUGCGCCGCACGAAACCAUAUCUCUUCCUCGCCGUCAUGGCGGCGGCCGCGUCCGAGAUGCACGGGCUGCAGCGCGUGCUGCACAAGGAGCUGAUGCUUCUCUUUGCCCACAAGAUCAUCGUUGCCGGCGAGAAGAACCUCGAGCUAAUCCAGGCCCUGCACGUUGCCGUCAUAUGGUACUGGCCGCCCGAGCACUUCGAGGAGCUCAAGUUCUACCAGCUCGUCCACAUGGCCGCCGUCAUGGCCCUCGACAUCGGCCUCGGCAAGAAGGCGCCGCCACGACGGAGCAUCCCGCCCUUCAGCUGGCGCGAGAACCAGUUCCGCCGCCAGCCCCAGCCCGACCCGACGAGCAUCGAGUGCCGCCGCACCUGGCUCGCCUGUCACUACCUCGCCGCCAACACCUCCAUCGCCCUACAUCGCCCAAACCUCGUCCGCUGGACGCCCUUCAUGACCGAGUGCGUCGAGGUGCUGGAGACGUCGCCCGACGCCGCGCCCACCGAUAAGUACUUCUGUCACCUCGUCUGGUCGCACCGCAAGGGCGAGGAAAUCGGCAUCCAGUUCUCCAUGGACGAGCCGGCCACCACCGUCAACAUCCUCGAUGCGAGGACCCAGUAUGCGUUGCGCGUUCUGGAACGUGACUUGGACAGGUACCGCGAUAGCGUGCCGAAAGAGAUGAUGCAGCCGACGCUCAAAAUCAGCUUCAAUCUGCUCAGCCUCUACAUGCAUGAGCUUGUUCUCCACAGCCCGACCCCGCCAGAUGGCUUCCGCCCGCCCUUCAACACCGAGGUCAUCAAGGACGGCCUGCUAGACUCGGAGUCGCUCUCGGCGGCCCACAUCAACGCCCUCUCAGCGUGCCUGGCCGCGGUCGACGGCAUCUUCGGCACCUUCCUAGCCAUGGACGUGCUCAACAUCCGCUGCCUGCCCGUCUUCACCUUUGUGCGUGUCGCCUACGCCAUCGUCAUCCUCAUGAAGAUGUACUUUUCCGCCUCGAACCCGCAGUCGGAGCUAGGCAAGGUCAUCAACAAGGACAACAUGCGCGUCGAAUUCUACCUCGACGCUCUGCUCGAAAAGUUCCGCACCACCGCCGCAGACGACAAGUGCCGCCCCGCCGCAAAGUUCCUCAUCGUCCUCGCCAUGCUCCGGAGCUGGUUCCUCAAGCAAGGCAAGGCCGAGGGUUCAGGAUCGGGCACGGCGGCCGCCGGAGCCAGCACCGCCACCCCUGCUUUAAGUAGCUGGACUGCCGGUGGUGGUGCCGGCGACGGGCCCGGUUCAUCGACGAGGACGAGCCUCACGCCCCCCGAGGCGCCACUCAUCCCGCCGCCGAGGCACGACGUGAACACGCCGCUCCAGGUCCUCUCCGAGGUCGCCAUGGGCCGCGAAGCCAACAACGCCAGCGGCGGCCCGUCCCGCACGGGCAUGAUGAACCACCUCCCCAACAUGCGCCAGACUCCACAGCCUCUCUUCCACGACACCGUUCCCGGCGUCGGGACGCCGACCAUUGCCAACGCCGGCGCCGACCAGCACUCCACCGAGCCGACCGACUCGACCGCCUCCUCAUCCAUGGGGCCGGUCGCUGGGGCACCUCAGCAGCACCAGCAGCCGCCGCUGUCAUAUCCACCGCCGUGGAUGGGCCAGCACCAACAUCAUCCGCAGCAGCACCAGCAGCAGGGGGGCCCGACACCCCUCCCGGGCCCGGAUAUGAUGGACCUCAGUGCCGGCCUGCCUCCCGGCGUCGACCUCGAGAGCCUGGGCCUCAACAUGGAUGCCCAGGAUAUGCUCUUCGAAGGGGAGGCCGCCAGGAUCUUUAAUGAGCCGUGGGUCAAUGAUGCCUUCCAGGGCCUGCCCGAUCCCAACUUUUUCCAGUUUUGACCCCGCGCUGGCGUCGUGAACCCGGUUUCUACCUUGACACUUCUCCCUCUUCUCCUCUCCCUCUCUCUCUCCGGGGACUCUACCGAGAGGACGCGACAUCCCGUCCCUCAUUAGGGGCCCCCUCUCCUCCCACGCACGCACGCACGCACGCACGCACGCCAUUGCGACUGGUGUUACGAGGGGAAUCAAUCAUCAUCGGCGUUUGUUUUUGAUAUUACCGGCGGCGCGAGGGCUGCCUGGCAGGCUGCCUGGCUGGGUAACGGGGGCUGACUGACUGACUGACUGACUGACUGACUAGAGAGGCGCGCGGGUUUCAGCGUUUUGGACUUGGGGGCUUUCUUGUUUCUGUCUCUCUCUCCUUCUUCUUCCUGUACAAUACAUCUAUGCGCGCACAUGCAAGCCGCCUUUCUCUGGGGUUUUUGUUGUUGCUGCCGCCUGUCACAUGUACCUACCUACCCAACGAAUGAUACCACUAGGAAAUCCCAUCUACGCACGCCUCGAGAAGCCCAGCCAGCUCCUUUGAACCAACGUCAUGGCAUGUCUCGUGAGGGCCGGGGUGGGUAGUCGUGCAGCCACAGCAGCGUCUCAAAUCACCACUACGUAGCACCACGACAACAAGC